AUACAUAUAUUUUGUAUACGCGUCCGCGAUAAGAGCUUUUGAUCGAAGGGCGCGCCCGGCGAAAAUCUGAAACGAGGAGAGAAAGGAAGAGAGCGGUUGCCGGGAACGUGAAGUGAUUCAUCGAGGAAUUAACGAAGAGUAGAACAUUUCGCUCGUAAAAGAGCAGAGACACGCGGGAGCAGGAAGGGCAGCAACGUCUAGUAGCAGCAGCCGGAAGGACCAGGCACAGGUACACGGGAAAGGGAGAGGAGGAUCGAAACGCACGGACGGUAAAUACGAGAAAGAAAAGUCUUCCGGCCGCGACCUUUGACCCUCGACCUACCGCGAGCGUCCCUGGAUAGAGGACUCAUCAGGAUUCAUCAGGAUUCGCGCUUCGCGACCAGGAAGAAGGAAGGAGAGUGUGUGCAGUGCCGUGACUGCUAAUAGCGAGGGGAAAAGGACGAAAAGGAUUCAUCGCCCACGAAGACUCAUCACGACGACUCUCCGUCCCCACCCGCGUUUAUCUUUCUUUCUCUCUGUCUCUGUCUCUAUCUCGUGCGAGUUGUCGUUUUAAGCACCGGAAACGCGCACUUAACGAACGCCGGUCGGCUUCAUCGUCGCAUGUAGAAAGCGGAAUACUGAUGAAAGACUGAUUUUCUUACGCCUUUAGGAACGGUUAAACAUUAAAGGGAGACUUUUUCAAUCUUCUUGUUCAUUACACUCUUUCUCUCUCUCUCUCUGUAUCUCUCUUUUCCUCUCUUCCUUCAUCUCUCGCUCGUCAGGGGCGUCGUCUUUGUCGUCGUCAGUUUCCUCGUCAUCGCAGCGACAUGGGCGGAUGUACUUCGAAGGAUACCACGUCGAGCGACGACAGAAAAAGCAGCAACAUGGUGGACGCAGCGGUUCUGGACAAGCUGGAGUCUGGCUAUGCCAAGUUGAUGGAAUCCGAUAGCAAGUCGUUGUUGAAGAAACACUUGACGAAGGAGAUCUUUGAUCAACUCAAGACCAGGAAGACUUCAUUCGGCUCCACUCUCUUGGAUGUUAUUCAAUCUGGUUUGGAGAACCAUGAUUCCGGCGUCGGUAUCUAUGCGCCCGAUGCUGAGGCGUACACAGUUUUUGCCGAAAUCUUCGAUCCGAUAAUCGAUGAUUAUCACGGCGGCUUCAAGAAGACGGACAAACAUCCGCCUAAGGACUUUGGCGACGUCGAUUCCUUCGGCAAUCUCGACCCCACUGGUGAAUAUAUCGUAUCUACUCGCGUGCGAUGCGGCCGCUCCUUGGAAGGAUAUCCAUUCAAUCCGUGCUUGACCGAGGCCCAGUAUAAGGAGAUGGAAGAGAAAGUAUCUAGCACGUUGUCUGGACUCACCGGCGAAUUGAAGGGCACUUUUUACCCGCUCACUGGCAUGAGCAAGGAAGUGCAACAGAAGCUGAUUGACGAUCAUUUCCUCUUUAAGGAGGGCGACCGUUUCCUCCAGGCCGCAAACGCCUGCCGUUUUUGGCCCACCGGACGCGGUAUCUUUCACAACGACGACAAGACCUUCUUGGUCUGGUGCAACGAGGAGGAUCAUCUCCGUAUCAUUUCGAUGCAGAUGGGCGGUGAUCUCGGACAGGUAUACCGGCGCUUGGUGACAGCGGUGAACGAGAUCGAGAAGCGAUUGCCGUUCUCGCAUAACGAUCGCUUCGGCUUCCUGACCUUUUGCCCGACGAACUUGGGCACGACAGUGCGCGCUUCGGUGCACAUCAAGGUGCCGAAACUCGCAGCGAACAUGGCCAAGCUUGAGGAAGUCGCGGGCAAGUACAAUCUACAGGUGCGUGGCACGCGGGGUGAGCACACCGAAGCUGAGGGCGGCAUCUACGAUAUCUCCAACAAGCGUCGCCUCGGCCUUACCGAGUAUCAGGCUGUGAAGGAGAUGAAUGAUGGCAUCGCCGAGCUUAUCAAGCUCGAGGCCAGCCUCUAAACCCACUUGUCCCUCGGUAUUCGUUUACACUCCUCUAUCGUAGCCCCGUCGAACGUCACGCUGUAUUACGUGACGUCACGCUGAAAUUUGUAUCUGUGACAUAAGAAUUUUAUUCCGAGAAUGGAUUACGAAAGAGAACGAUUUGGAGAAUCAUUUGUGACGGCAAUUUAAUGCCAUCGUGGCCUUCAGCCAUUUCUGUAUUUUAUAUAUAUAUAUAUAUUAAUAUUAUAAUCUCAAUGAACUUUAAUAUCAUAGUAUUAAUAUAUAGGAGCUCCAUGCCGCUGUUAGAUAAUCGUCUUAAAUUGAUUCUUAUAAAUUUGUUCUCGUUAUCUAUUCUCAGAAGAAAAUUCUUAUGUAGAUACAAUUCAUUAGCACUGUCUAGUAUGAUGUAAGUUGCUCACGCUAUGAUGCGUAUUAUCUCCUUUUUGUGAUACAUUUUUGGCAUAAAUUAAUAAAGGAAAAUUAGUUCAAAGUAAUAUUAUACAUAUUAUAAUGAUAUUAUAAUUAUAAUGAAGUUUUAUAUAUUAUUCAGAAAAGAAUUAAAAAUAAAUUUAUUUUAUUUGUUAAACUCAUUUUUUUUUCAGAUGUAUUAUAUAUUCAUAUAUAUUUUCCAUUAUUUAUUAUUUAUAUAAUAUAUAUAUAUAUAUAUAUAUAUAUAUAUAUAUAUUUUUUUUAUAAAUCUAUUGAAAAUAAGGAUAUAAACUGGCAAGAAAAAACGAAAAAAAAAGUGCUAUAAAAAGGAGAAGCAACUUGCAUCACAUUCUACGCGUUGUAUUUGACAGUAUUUUAAUUUCGUUCAAUUUUUGGUUCCUUUUUUUGUUUUUAAUACGUAAUUUCGAAAAAUCGAGUAUGUUCUCGAGGCAACGUAUCCGUUCGCGAUUCUCUCGUUCGAUUCUUUUUUUUGUCGCAAUCGCGCUAUUACAUUCGUCAGAUGACACAUAGUCAAGCGCGUUUUCACACACUUAUUGUUAGUAGUACUCUAGUGCUCUAGUGCUAGUCCCCGCAAUUCGUCGUGAUUGUCUAUUAAACGAAAGAUAAGGAAAAAGAAAGGGAAGAAGUCGUCGCUGUCUAAAAAAUAAUUCUUCGACGACAAUUUUUAACAGUUCGUUUUGCGAUCUUUACGGAACUUUGAGGAUCGAGAGUACUGUUUUUCGGUGCUUUGCGGUUUUCUGCGAAUGGUUGGAGGGAGCGACAGUCACAUGUUUUUUCAUUCUCUUUUUUACCACGUGAGAAGUUGGGAAGGAGAACAUCUGGGCGACGGAUAUUAUGCGCACUAAAAACACAUGCGAGUAAACGCUGCGACAUAUUAUAGAUACAGUGUACUAUCAACUGAUUCGACAAGAUGUACGAUGAGAAUGCAAGUAAUAAGACACGAAAAUAAAAAGACAUACACAUUAUGUA